AUGGAGAGGGAGGAGGAGAUGCGAGGAGAUGAAGGAGGGAAGACAGUAGCGUCAGCAGUUAUUAUACAGACUAUUCGCUAUGCAAGAGGAGCAAGAGGAGGAGGAGGAGCAGCAGCAGCAGCAGGAGAUAUGCAGCAGCAGCAGCAGCAGCAGCAGCAGCGGCAGCAGGAGGUGCAGCAGAUGAUGCAGACAUGUCUAAGGCUGCUAAUACAGCAGCAGCAGCAGCUGCUGCAGCAGCAGCAGCAGCAGCUGCUGCAGCAGCAGCAGCAGCAGCAGGUGGCUGCCGCAGCUGUCGAUUUACGUCGAAUAGGGUUAGCAGAAAGACGUCAUGGAUUUGGAUUAGUUCAAUCACAUCCAAAAAAUAAUUCACAAACAAUUCAUUGUGGAGAUAUUGAGACUAAUUAUACACUUGAGAAGGCAAAGAUAGUCAAGAGACAGGCGGAUAUGCUUCGCAACUUUGCAACAAAGUUGCCACCAGAAGUCCGAGACAGAUGA